AUGAUGCACGAGGUCGGGACUCUCUCACUCCUUUUGCAGAAAUGCACGACGCCUAUCUGCCAAUUAUCCACCGGCGUUAGUGCGGAUACUUUCAACGAGUAUCUCAAGGUCGCCGAUACGACGCGGCGUCUAUGCCUCAAGAGAUUCUGCAAGGCUGUCAUCUGGGCUUACUCAGGCGAGUAUCUUCAACGUCCGACACAGGCGGACAUCCAACACCUUCUUCAGAUGCAUGAGGCGCGACACGGAUUUCAUAGGAUGCUCGGGAGUCUCGAUUGUAUGCAUUGGGCAUGGAAGAGUUGCCCAAAGGCGUGGCACGACGCAUAUACACGUGGUGAUCAAGGAGAGCCCACCUUGAUCUUGAAGUCGCCUCUGUUCUCCGACGUGUUGGAUGGAACGGCGGCGCCGGUGAUCUUUGAGGCCAAUCGGCACUACUAUCAGAUGGGCUACUACUUGUGCGACGGCUUAUAUCCGGAGUGGUGCUGCUUCGUCAAGAGUCCGCCGAUGGUGACCAAUCCAAAUGAGGCAAGGUUCAAGAAGAUGCAACAAUCGGCACAGAAGGAUGUCGAACGUGCCUUUGGAGUGCUUCAAGCUCGAUGGAAAAUCAUUCGAAGUUCGGCACAAGGAAUUGGGGACUUUGCACGCAUCAAUCUUGGAGUUUUGCUUGACAUCUUUGGAGACUUUGAAUCCAUCAAUGAAGGAGCUUUGCUUGGCAUCUUUGGAGUUUUGCACUCAUCAAUCAAGGAGUUUUGCUUGACGUCUUUGGAGCUUUGCACCCAUCAAUCAAGGAGUUUUGUUUGA